AAGCAUUAUUUCAUUCAUUAUAUACCAGCUGGAGUAACAAUGCCAGCCACCUGAAGAAUGCGGACGACAUCGAUACCACAAGGCCCUGUCAGGGGAUGGCGGGAGGCCUGUUCCUUGGCGUGGCCUAACUACAGCUCGUUUGUUACAUCACCGUGGUCCUCCGAUCGGUGGCCGUUUGUAGUGUACCGAGUGGUGUGCGCCCUGAUCACCCUGAGUAUCCUGCUCUACAGCAUCCCCACCGACAGCAACAGGUGGAUCACGUUCUACACUAACUGGGCCUACACAGCGUUCACCCUCCACUUCUGCUGGUCCGCUGCCGUCUGUGUUCUAGACUACCGGAACGCCGCUGAAAACCGGCGGGGCAAGCUGAUGGGUGGCCCGCCGGCUAAGAUGGCGCUGAAGAUCGGCUGGGUCAUCUACAAUGUCGCCAUGUCGAACGCCUUUAUGGUGUCGGCUGAAUACUGGCUGUCUCCCUUUCCGGUGACUUUCGGUUUCCGCAGCUUUUUGCGUCACGGUCUGAAUUCCAUCAUGGCCGUUACGGACAUCAUUGUCAGCGGGAUCCCGUCACGUCUAGGCCACGUGGUGCACACGGUUCUCUUCGCAACCAUCUACAACAGCUUCCUGGUUCUGUACUGGCUGCUCGACUGCCGCGGUUACGACGGAAAACCGUACGUUUAUUCCUUCGCUGACUUCAACACGGUCCCGCUCCAAGCUUUUGUCAUCUUGGCAGGCAGCAACUUUAUCAUCUUGCCGGCCGCUCACGGCCUCGUCUGCCUCUUGUACCAGAUCCGACUUGUGCUACUGGGCAACUUCAAGGAGAGAAAAGCUCGCAGGGUCAUUGAACUCACACCUUGGCAGAAAAGAAUCCUUCCUAUUGAAGUCAAUGAAGAUAUGAUCAUGGAUAUAUCAUCGUUUACGGACGAGCAGAUAGUCUAAAAAAACAUUUGGUGCUCCAUAGUAUACAACGCAAGAACGGACGUUGUGGUUUAGUCAAAUAGUAAUUACUCAAGCAACUGCGCAAACAACUGGAUAUGAUUUCAGAAUCAUUAAUCAAAAUCACAUCCAGUUGCUUGAGCAAGUGCUAUUUGGCUUUUCUUAUCAUCACCUAGAUGUCUAACCUUCAUCGCCGGAUGUUGUGCCCUCGGAAAUGAUCCCUCUGAGCAUUCAGUCAAUUUGCAUGAAGUCGA